AUGAUUAAGAAAGCUAAUGAGAAAUGGUGCAUAUGCAUUGACUUCACUAAUCUCAACGAGGCCUAUCCUAAAGACAACUUUCCUUUGUCGAAGAUUAAUCAUCUCAUCGAUGCCACCAUGGAAUAUCAGCUACUACGCUUCAUGGACACCUUCUCUGGCUAUAACCAAAUAAAAAUGCACCAUAAUGACAAGGAGAAUACAUCAUUCAUCACCGAGCACAACACCUACUGCUACAAGGUGAUGCUUUUUGGACUGAAGAAUGCUGGGGCCACUUACCAAAGACUAGUGAACAAGAUUUUGAAAGAGCAUAUGGGGAGGAACAUCAAGGCCUACGUCGAAGACAUGGUUGUGAAGAGUCUUAGGGCAAACUGGUACACCUCAAACCUUGGAGAGACAUUUAGGGUACUGAGGAAAUACAACAUGAAGCUAAACCCUACUAAAUGUGCUUUCGAGGUCACAUCGGGAAAAUUCCUGGGUUUUGUAGUUACCCAAUGA